AUGGCCGGAGAUGAGGCCGAGCUCGCGCGUAUGGGCUACAAACAGGAGCUCAAGCGUGAGCUUGGAGUCCUGCAGAACUUCGGGGUGUCGUUCUCCAUCAUCUCCGUCAUGACUGGGAUACCAUCUCUAUUUGCGUAUGGCUUGUCCACGGGAGGUCCUGCUGUCAUGGUCUGGGGCUGGGUAAUCGUCUCCUUCUUCACCCUCAUGGUCGGGAUGGCCAUGGCGGAAGUCUGCAGCGCUCACCCUACCUCGGGUGGGCCCUACUUCUGGGCAGCGAUGCUCUCGACACCACGAUCAGCCGCCAUCAUGUCCUGGAUCACCGGCUGGUUCAACCUGCUGGGCCAAGUCGCCGUCACCACCGGUAUCAGCUUCGGCUGCGCAAACUUCAUCUCUACGGUGUGCACGUUCAAGACAUCCUUCGUACCGGAUGCGAAUACGACUAUCGGCAUCUACGCCGCCGUCCUCGUCACCCAGGGCCUCAUUAACACGUUCGGUGUCCACAUCCUCCACCACCUCAACAACAUCUCCGUCUGGUGGCACGCCCUUGGCACGAUCGUCCUUGUCAUUGUCGUCCUCGCCAAGGCGCCCACGCACCAGUCUGGCCACGACGUCUUCCUCAAGUUCAUCGACGGCACCGCGGCGGAUGAGAACAGCAUCGGCUGGGGCGCGAGGGCGAGCAAUGCGUAUGUUGCUGUUAUCGGGAUUCUAAUGGCGCAAUAUACUCUGACUGGCUUCGACGCCAGUGCCCACAUGACUGAGGAGACUCGCAAUGCGGCAAUGUCAGGCUCGAUUGGCAUCGUCAUGGCCAUCGGCGUCUCAGCCAUCCUCGGCUGGUAUCUCUUGCUUGGCUUGCUGUUCUCAAUUCAGGACUACGACGCCGUCGCGAACACGAGCACCGGGCAGCCGGUAGCGCAAAUCCUACUUGAUGCCGUAGGGACGGAUGGUGCCAUUGUGCUUAUGGUCAUCAUCAUUGGCUGCAUGUACUUCUGCGGUACUUUCUCAAUCACAUCCAACUCGCGGAUGAUGUACGCGUUCUCGCGCGACGGUGGCAUCCCUGGCGGCAAGUGGUUCGCCCAUGUCGACAAGAAGUGGAGGUCGCCGAUUCGCACAGUAUGGCUGGCCUGCACCCUCAGCUUCAUCCUCGGACUGCCUAGUCUGGGCAGCGAUGUCGCGUUCUCCGCGGCGACCUCCAUUGCGACGAUCGGCUUGUAUAUCUCUUACGCCAUCCCCAUUGCUCUCCGCGUCAUGAAUCACAAGCACUUCGUCCGCGGACCUUUUCAUCUGGGCGCCUUCUCUUUCCCUGUGGCCAUGACCGCGGUCGUGUGGAUCAUGUUCAUCGCCAUAGUGUUCGUACUGCCGACGAUAAAUCCCGUCAACUCCCAAACGCUCAACUACGCCCCCGUCGCCGUCGGCAUCGUCAUCACCUACAGCGUCGGCUUCUGGCUCCUCAGCGCGCGCAAGUGGUUCACGGGCCCCGUCAAGCAGAUCGAGGCGGAGGCGAUGGGCGUGAAUGUGAUCGAGGGGGAGGAUGAGUUGCAGAGUGAGGAUAUUGUGAAGAAGGUGUCGAGGGAUGGGGUAAGUGAGAAGGAGGGUGCGAGCGAGAAGGAGCCGGCGGAUGUUAGGGUGAAGGAGACAUGA